AUGUCGACCAAUGGAGAUGUCAGCAGAACACCCACCCGCGUCUUUGUCUUCGAUACCAUGCGGACGAGAUCGUUUCUGUUCAUGAGAUACUUCUCUACUAAUCCAAAACUCCACCCGCAGCUGUUCACAUUCAUACACGCAUCAUGGCUUGGUUCAGAGAACUGGUGGCAGCACUGCCGACCGUGUGGCAUGGCUCGUUACGAGGGCCUCACAAACUUCAUGGGACCAGACACGAUAAAAAGCUCCCAAAAAGCCUACGAAGACUUCGUGCACGAAUCAGAGAAGCAGGGCCGCACCUCCUUCGCCAAAGAACACAUCUUCAACGUCCUCAAAACCGACCCCCUCUUCAACCUCCUCCGCAACCCCAACUCCACACUUUCCGGAACAGAAAACCCAACCCACAUCCCCACGCCCCUCUUCAACACCCUAACCCCCAUCUUCAUAAUCCGCCACCCGAUCCUCAAACUCUCCUCAACAUACCGCGACGUCGUCGCCAUGUCCACAUUACGCCACGAUGAUGAAGACGCUGACAUCAUUAUGUCUUACAAGUUUCUCCGCUGCCUCUUUGAUCUCUUCCGAGAGCGGGGGCAGGAGCCGAUUGUGGUGGAUGCGGAGGAUACUCUCUGGCGGGCUAAGGAGAUGACGACGAAUGUUUGUGCGAGGAUUGGACUGGAGGUGGGGGAGGUGAGGGAGACGUGGAAGAAGGUGGAGGACGGGGAGAGGACGGGGAAUGCGAUGAUUAGGGAGUGGUUGGGGACUAUGUAUGAAAGUGAGGGGAUUGAGAGGCCGGAUGUGAGGCCGCAGAUUCCUGACAUCAACACCGCCUAUGCGAGUUGGCAGAAGGCUUACGGCGACGAGGCAGCGGAUAAGUUGAGGCUGUGGUAUGAUCAGGCCAUGACCCAUUACGAGUAUAUGGUAAAGUUCAAGGCUUGA